UGCACAAACCAUAGCAACAAAAAAUAACCAAAACAAAUAGAAAAAAAUUGGCCGGAGUUUUUCUUUUGAAAAUCACCUAAAAAAAUCCAUCCAUGUGUUUAUUUUUCGUAAUUGUUGCGUGCGUGAAGGUGCCGUGAGUGCCCUACAAUGUGGUUAUUGUGAUAAGUGUGGCCAGGAAGUUGUGCAGAAGGGAUUAAAGUUGGCUCAGGCGAUCAAGAAAUUCUCCGGUUUUCUCUUGAAAAAAAAAUCAUCCAAUCUUGAGAAUCUUUUGCAAAGAGUUUAGUUAAAGAAUGCGCGGAAAUUUUAAGAAUUAGAAUGUUGUUCUGAAAAGGAAGAAUCUGUGAGAAUAUUUUAAUUAAUAAGUUUUGGCUGAAGAAUUCUGCCAAAUUGAAGAAUUUUCCGUGACUAUGGCUGCAAGAUUGGCGACACAGAGGAAUUUUGUAGCUGUCACAUCGGUUUCUAGUCAGGGAGGCAAUGUGUCUCCUGCAUCUCAAUCUGUGACAAUGACAUCCCCUUCCUCGUCCAAUGGUGACAGUGCCAUUGCGGUAACAACAGCAGCCACAAGUCCAGGAACAAAUGGAACACCCAUUCCCAUUGCUCUGCAUCAGGUCUUACCUCAAAAAAUAAUCCUCCAAACAACCACAACACCUGGUGGUGUAUCGGUCAUUGAUGUCGUUCCGCUGGAGCACUCGGACUCGAGCAACGAAUCACCCAUUACGGUGGUCGCUGCUGAUGCCGUUGAAUCCACAAAUGGAACAGCUGUGGUGGCUCCUGGGGCACAGCAAGUGACAGCCCAGGUGGCUGUUGUACAGACGCACAGUCCGAAUGAUUCAGGACCUCACUACAUUACCGUCACGGCGGAAGGUGCAGUCCGAUCUUAUGCUCCCCUUACAACUGUCGUGUCUUCACAAGAUAAUGUUGCCUCCCAUGGUGCUUAUCAUGUGCAGUAUGUGGAUUCAGAAUUAUAUACAACGACAGGCCAGGGCCAAACGCAAAUGGCCUAUCCGGUAUAUGCCGUAGGUGACUACGGAACCGGUGGGCAGCAAUACUAUGCAACAGCGACGGGAAAUUAUUCAACAUCCGGAACGACGGCAUCUAAUCAUUCUUCUUCAGACUACAUAGUUCCUGUGGAUGAAACAAUUUUGUCCACAAAUCAAACUAGAGCAUCACCACAAACUAUUGCUGCGGAGGUGGCUUAUAUUCAAGGACAAACGAAUUCACAAGCCUCCACUGUCAGUUCCGAAACCGAAAAUACUCCUAGCCUUUCGCAUGCCACAAGAGUCUCACCCGCAACGGUGGCGUGGUUGGUGGAGAACUACGAGACAGCCGAGGGGGUGAGUUUGCCACGUUCCACCCUCUACAAUCACUACAUGCGGCAUUGCAAUGAAAAUAAAUUGGAUGCUGUGAAUGCAGCGAGUUUUGGGAAAUUAAUCAGAUCUGUCUUCACGGGGCUACGAACACGUCGUUUGGGGACGCGUGGUAAUUCAAAGUAUCACUACUACGGGAUUCGUGUGAAGCCGGGUUCGACGCUGAUGAGUGCCCUGGAUGAGAAGCCACUCAAUAAUAAUUCUAGUCAGACCAAUUCAACGGGUCAAGCGGCGGGAACGCGCAAUGCCAAAAAGUUGGGGGCAAAGCCUGAAACGUACGAAGCGUGUUCGCAGUAUUUGGGUGAUGGAAGUGCGGCAAUCCCGGUGUUCCCGGCCAUUGAUACCACCUUCAAUUUCCCCGAGGAAGUUACCUUUGAGGACGUUGAUACGUUGCGGUCAAUCUACCGUGAGCACUGUGAGGCUUUUCUCGAUGCUGUGCUGAAUCUGGAAUUUAGCACCGUUGAGUCCCUUUGGCGGGAAUUUUGGCGUGUUCAGGACAACAACAAUGGGGAUGAGUGUGAGGAGGAGAAGUACCUCAGUAAAUCAAAACUCUACAUUCUAUGCCAAUGCGAACCUGUGCAAAUGUUCAUUAAGCAGGUUGAUUUUGCAUUCUACCAAAAUAUGGUGGAUGUCCUCAUUCCCGAUGUACUUCGCCCUAUACCCAGCUCACUUACUCAGGCUAUUCGUAAUUUUGCAAAGAAUCUCGAGAGUUGGCUCUCAGCCGCCAUGAGCGAAUGCCCGGAUUCAAUUCUCCAAAUAAAAUUAUCCGCCGUCUCGGCAUUCAGUCAAACACUCAGACGGUACACAUCCCUCAAUCACUUAGCCCAGGCGGCAAGGGCUGUGCUGCAGAAUAGUUCACAAAUUGCUCAAAUGCUCAACGAUUUAAAUCGCGUGGAUUUCCACAAUGUUCAGGAGCAAGCUUCAUGGGUUUGCCAGUGCGAUACGGCAACAGUUCAGCGUCUUGAGAAUGACUUCAAGGCGGCUUUACAGCAACAGAAUACCUUGGAGCAGUGGGCAUCGUGGUUGCGUCUUGUGGUUGAUUCAGCCCUUGAGGAGUAUCGUGGAAAGCCGACUUUUGCAAAGGCAGCACGGCAAUUCCUCCUAAAAUGGAGCUUCUACAGCUCAAUGGUAAUACGUGAUCUAACGUUGCGGUCUGCAGCGAGUUUCGGGAGCUUCCAUCUCAUCAGAUUGCUCUAUGAUGAAUAUAUGUUUUUCAUUGUGGAACAUAAAGUGGCUCAAGCCACCCAAACCACCCCCAUUGCAGUGAUGAGUGAAGUUGAUAGGCAACCUGAAGACAUUGGAAUGGUUUUUCCUGCAAAUUACGAUUGCAAAGCUGAGCCGGAAGCAAAGAGGAUGCGCAGUUAGUUUUCAGCUAAACACGGUGAGUGACACACAAGUGUUAUCAUCCAAAAAAAUCCAUUAGCCCCUGAAAAAUUGCUCCAAUAACUGAAAAUUUCAAAAUGAAAAAAAAAGAAAAAUCAAACUAUUCAAUGAUACAAAUUGUGCCUGAUGUGUAUCAAAAUAGCAUGGAUAGAAAUUUAUUUAUUACAUUUUAUGUCCAUCUGUUGAUGAAUUAAUUGGCUAAAUGCAGAUGCUUAACACGCUACAACAGAUAGUGAAAAAAUGCGUGUUUUUUCGUGAAAUAGUGAGGCCUAUGUGAAAAGUUUGUGCGUUUAAGAGUAAACCACCUUGAAGAGAAAAUCUUAAAAAUUCUUAUUCAGAGAAACUAAAAUGAAUUCUCUGCGAGGAUUUUAUCUGGAUUUACAAACAAAUAAACAAUUAAACAAUGAAUUAAUAAAGGGAUAUUAUCGGAAUUAAAAAGGGGAUAUAAGCGUAUAAGCAGGUAAGAUGUGAGAAAACAUUCAGAGGAAAAGAGAUUUAAAAGAAAAAUUGUAUUUAAUGUCUGUAUUGUGGCCUGAAAAAACUAUUAAAACUAAACUUUCAUCAUUAACUGACCUAUUAAAAUAAAUAUAGAAAUUAUGUGCAAAUAUUUAAAUUGUAGGAAAAUCUCUCAAAUGGGGAUUUUAUAUAAAUAUAGUCUGUGUAAGAAUUCCUUUUAAAUUAUUAACAAAUUUUAGGGGUAAUCCCCAAAAUAGGAUUAAUCUCACUGUUCAAUGCCGAAAUUGACACAGUGGGAUGAAGAAAUAAUACCAAAAUUAAUCUCUUAAUUGUACGUAAUUUAUUAUAUAUAAAUAUUAAAGAAAAAUAUAUAUAGCACAGUAAUAUUUAAAUUAAAGAAUUAACAAAAAAAAACAACAACUGUACAUUUAUACGUUGCUCAACACAUCCAUCCAUUAUAUUGAAGAAAAAUAAAAUCAGUAAAGAGGCAAAGAAACGAAAGGAAAGGUUAAUAAUUGACUGGUCAUCAAUGUGUUAACCUGAUGCGUUACGUGUACACUGACGAUGGCCAAUGAGGAAUUGUAGUUUUGAAGGAUUAACUGAUAAAAAAAACUUAGGUAACAUACAAUAUAUAUAUUUAUGAAAAUGAUAAAAAGGAAAAAUCUAGUGAAACGUACUUUGUAAGAGAUUUAUUAAGAAAAUUAUAAAAUUCUCUGUAUAAAUUAUAAAUUUUAGAUGAUAUGUAUUAUUUAUUUUUCUAUGUUAUUGAAAAGAAAAUAACCUAUAAGACAGAAAAUAAUUUCUGUGAGACAUUGAAUGAAAAAAAAUUACUAAUUAAAAGAAAAAAAAUCUCACAGAUUAGUCAAAAAAGAAACAAAAUUAAUAUUUGUGAAUGUUUUCUGUUUGAUGGCAGCAUAAAAAAUUAGUGUUUAAACGCACAUUUUGGUAAAAAAUAUUUGAAGAAAAAAAGAAUUUCUUAUUGUGGCACAACAAUAUUUUUAAAACAAGAAAAUAAUGGUUAAAUUCUCAUAAUUGAGAAGGAUAUUUAACAAAGGAGAAAAAUAUUAAUUUACAAAAAUUAAAGAAAAGAACAAUAUGGAAAAUCAGGGUAAAUAUUUCGGCAAAUUCUGCUCAGUGGUUAGAAAAUUUGGUACUUUAGUAAACUUUAUGGUUUUUACUUGAUAAAUUGGGAGGUUUCGACUCUUAAAAAUUCUUCAACAGAUUUAUUUAUUUCUUCUAAUUUUUUUUAAAUUAUUAAUUUAAUUCACCAGAUAUUCUGAAAAGGUUAUCAAAUGAAACCUUUUAAAAUGCUUACCUCUAAUCCAUUUUCCUCCUUCUUCAGUGAUUUUUCAAAGUUCCAUCUCCGAUUUUUUAUUUACCAAAAAAUAUCAUUUUUUUAUUAAUUUAGUUCAGACACAUACCAUAAAGAAUUUUAUAGUGACGAGAUUGGUUUGAUAUUUCAACUUGAACAUUGAAAACUUAUGACGUCUUAUGAGUUUUCAUUUCAUUUUAUUUACCACAAUAGAAAAGGAAAAGGAACUGUCAGAUUUUUCUCACUUUCACUAAUUCUAGAGUAAUAUUCUAGGAUGUUUAAAAAAUAAGAAAAAUAAUGGCAUGAAUUGUGUCUUGACUAAAAAUUCUGUUAUAAUUUUUUUUUAAACAAAACCGUAAAUGAUUUUCUAUAGCAAGUAAAAAUAAUUUACAAUAUACAAAAUAUAGAAAUAAAUUAUGGAAAUUUCUUACAAAGCUAUGAAGUUAAAUGUUGGCGUAAACUAUCUAUAAAAUUCUGAACUUUCGAAAUUCACAAUCAUAACUAUUUAUAGAAGACGAAGGUGCUGUUUGACAAUUUUGUAACAUUUGUGAUAUUCUUUUCUAAUCUAUUAGAUUUGAAUAUUCAAGAAAACGUUAUUUUUGAAAGUAUUCUCGACUUUUUAUAGCAUGAAUUGUGUCCCGGCUAUGAGGUCUAUAAAUAUUACUUGUUUUUAUACUUUCCAAAUCUUAGUUAUUUAUUAUUAUUUUUUGGAAAGUUAAAAUACCAAUAAAAGCUUUAGUUAAAUAUUUCUCGAAUUUAAAGGUUUCAGACUCCAAUUGCUAUAAAAUUGACGAACAGCGCCCUCACCUUUCAUAAGAGCUUCUGGCGGUGGGAUUUCAAAGCUUAGCAUUUUAUAGCUAAUUAUUAAAAAUUCUUUGAAACUAAAUCAACAUUUAUUUUUUACAUUUUGAUUCUAUUAAGAACCUUUAGAUACGAGGCAAACUUUCAAAACAUUUUUUUUUAAAUCCUGAAACGAAAAAAAAUAUUUUUCUGCUAAAGAAAACCUCCCAAAGAAUUUUCUAAUCACAGCAGAAUGAACGAAAUGAAAGAAUAUUAAUCUAACAUAUCACCAUAACAUCGUAUAAGUAAAGAAAAAAGUGAAAUUUAAUGCCCUUUCCCAUAAUUUAUAAACCGAAUAUAAAAAGAUUUUAAAAAAAAUCCAUGUGAGAUGCACAUUUUUAUUUUCUUGCACUGAUUAACAUUUUCUACUGUGAAUGUGUAAUUUAAAAAUAAAAUUAAAAAUAAAAUAUUUAAAAAUUAAAUUACUACAAAAAAAAUGAGAAAAAGGCUUCCUCUUGUGAGGAAAAAGAACAAUUAUGUAGUGUAAAUAUUUAUUUAUUUAUGACAUUUUAUGAUGUUUGUAAGUUUUUGUGCUCCGAUUUUUUUGGCAUUUUGCAUUUUUGCGAGAAUCAAACAUGUUUGUAUGCGAUGUAGGAUUAAAUAAUUGACAAAAAAAACACGCCGAUAAGCAGCAUGAAUUUAUAGAAGUGAAAUAAAAAAAAAGAAGGAAAUCUAAUUAUAAAACUAAAACAUGGCCUUAGUAGUAAAGCCACAAUUGCGAGAUAAUUCCACAAACAACAAAAAAACUACAAAUUAAAAACAAAAAUAAUAAUAUACUUACCGGCAUAUUGUUGUAUGUAGUUACAGAAGAGUGGGAAUUAAAGGAAAAAAAAACUUCUCUCUGGGGUCACCCUCAGAUGGGAAGAUUUGUGCGUCAAUAUAUAGUUUCUCAAUGACUCAAUGUGAAAGAUAAGAAAAUUAUAAUUAAAAACAAAAGAAAACUGAAUAUUUUUUCUAGUCUGUGUAAUUUAAUAGAAAAACAAAAAAAUAUUAAGAGAGAUAAAAUGUAAAGAAUUGAAAUCUCUGCUCUGAACAUUCCUCCCCCUCAAAUGAUGAUUGAAUUUCUAAAGGAGAUGAAAAGUCAGAGAAUUUUUGUGAAGAAAACAUUUUAAGAAAAGAAUCCUCUGAAGGGAGGAAUCCUAUAAACUGAAUGUCUGUCUUUUACAAAUUUAAAAAUUAAAUUAUGAAAAAAAAGAAACUAUGAAUGUGUAUAUUUAUGCCAUAUUUUAUGAACAACUGAUAACAUACCUACAGUCAAUAAAUGAUAUAACAUUGUGAGAAAAAA